AUGAUUCAAAAAAUGAGCCCAAGUCUGAGGAGGCCAUCGACAAGAUCUAGUUCCGGCUCAAGCAACAUCCCACAAUCGCCUCCCGUACGAUCCACCUCAUCUUUUUCUAAUCUUAGGAGAAACUCCAUACGAAAUGUGUCCAAUUCGGGUUCUCAAUCGGUUUCUGCAUCUACCACAAGAAGUAACUCACCACUAAGAUCCAUAUCAACUAAAUCAGAUCCCUUUCUUCAUCCAGGUAUGAUAAGGGUGAAGAGGAGUAAUAGCAUCAACAACUGCUCAAGGAAAAAUGACACAUAUACGGGUUCAAUCACUGUAACCAUUCGACCCAAGCCGCGGAGUACGGGGCCACCUCAUGACAAUGUCGGGCUGAAGUUACCUAGAUACUCUCAACCAAGAUCCAAUCUCCAGUACGGCGGAAAUACAUUUGUUAGAGAUCCUUGGUUUAUCACUGAUGAGAAAACAAUAGUGCACGAGGAAAUCGGAGAAUUCAAAUUUGAUCAUGUUUUUGCCUCUCAUUGCACCAAUUUAGAAGUUUAUGAAAGGACUGGUAAACCAAUGAUUGAUAAACUAUUAAUGGGGUUCAAUGCCACAAUUUUUGCAUAUGGUAUGACUGGGUCAGGGAAAACGUUCACAAUGAGUGGGAACGAACAAGAGCUAGGUUUGAUUCCUUUAUCUGUUUCGUACUUAUUCAGCAAUAUCAUGGAACAGUCAAUGGACGGCGAUAAGAAAUUCGAUGUUAUAAUAUCGUACCUGGAAAUUUACAAUGAAAGAAUUUACGAUUUAUUAGAAAGUGGAUUAGAGGAAUCCGGCAGUAGGCCGGGCACACCUUCAAGAUCAUACAUGGGUAAAAGCAACAGUAAUGCAAUGGGCGUAGAACUGAAAAUUAGAGAUGACUCUAAAUACGGGGUCAAAGUUAUCGGUCUCACUGAAAGAAGAUGCGAAAGCACUGAAGAAUUAUUAAGAUGGAUUGGAAUAGGUGACAAAAGCAGGAAAAUUGGCGAAACGGAUUAUAAUACAAGAAGUUCUCGAUCUCACGCCAUCGUGUUAAUUCGUUUGACUAGUACAGAUGUGAAUAACGGUACAUCAAGAUCAAGUACGUUAUCGUUGUGCGAUCUGGCAGGUUCAGAAAGGGCCACAGGACAACAAGAGAGAAGAAAAGAAGGGUCCUUCAUCAACAAAUCUUUACUUGCCUUGGGAACUGUAAUAUCCAAGCUCAGUGCUGAUAAAACAACUUCAGUGGAUUCCAACAUUUCCACGACACCAACAGGUAGCAGUGGGAGUAGCAGUGGGAGUAUCACCGGUAACAGUGGUAUUCCAAGCAAUCACAUUCCAUAUCGAGACUCUAAAUUGACGAGAUUACUGCAACCCGCGCUGAGUGGGGACAGCAUAGUGACGACAAUAUGUACAGUAGAUACUCGAAAUGAUGCGGCCGCAGAAACUAUGAAUACGCUGAGGUUUGCAUCCAGAGCCAAAAAUGUCGCCCUGCAUGUGUCCAAGAAAUCCAUCAUAAACAAUGGGAAUAACGAUGGAGACAAGUACCACACCAUUGAGCUGCUGAGACGUCAAUUGGAAGAUCAACGCCGGUUAAUCUCUGAGCUGAAGGGCCGCUCGAGUUCAGAUGGGAGUCUAACACAAUCCCCCUGUGACAAUAAUACCAGAGACACUAUGGUUACCAGUGGGGGUAGCGAUCCGAACCUAGCUUUAAUGAAAGCAGAAAAUCGAAUAUUGAAAUACAAACUAGAAAACUGCGAAAAACUACUGGAUAAAGACGUGGUCGAUUUACAGGAUUCCGAGAUAGUAGAGAUUGUAGAGAUGCUACCUUUUGAAGUCGGCACUCUAUUAGAAACAAAGUUCCAAGGACUGGAAUCACAAAUAAGACAGUAUCGGAAAUACACCCAAAAACUUGAGAACAAGAUCAUGACGAUGGAGAAAGGCGGGCACAUUGCGACUUCCUUAACGGGGUGCGAUGAUACUGAAGUUACGGAAUUGCGGAAGAUGCUCGAGAGGAAGGAUAAGAUGAUUGAGGCCCUGCAGAGUGCCAAACGAUUACGAGACAGGGCUUUGAAACCGCUCACUAAUGCACAUCAACCGCAUAUCGUGGAAAACGAUAAACUAAUCUGA